UCUCCAGCAACCCACGCUAUAACAUCUUCUCCUUUUCUUCCUAACUUCCGUUCUCUCUCUCUCUGCCCCCCAGAUCUAGGCCUGCAAGUCCCCGAUCCGCAAGCAAACGUCGCAAAUGGCAUCUUCUUCGCCGGCCCUCCUUCCGAUCUCAAGUUCCCAGCCCACUUCCGCCACUUCUGGCGGCGGAUCCGUCCAGUCCCAGCCUCCGAUCGCCACCCCGGCCUUCCGCGCGUUCAUCUCCCACAUCUCCGACACCGUCCGCAACGGCCUCUCCCAACGCCGCCCCUGGGCCGAGCUCGUGGACCGCUCCGCCUUCUCCAAGCCGGAGUCCUUCUCCGACGCCUCCCUCCGCGUCCGCAAGAACUAUUCCUACUUCCGCGUUAACUACCUCUGCUGCCUCGCCGUCGUCCUCGCCGUCUCCCUCCUCACCAACCCCUUCGCCCUCCUCCUCCUCGUCGGCCUCCUUGCCGCCUGGCUCUUCCUCUACCUCUUCCGCCCCUCUGAUCCGCCCCUCGUCCUCUUUGGCCGCACCUUCUCCGAACGCGAAACCCUAGGCCUCCUGAUUGUGUCCAGCGUCGUCGUGAUCUUCCUCACCAGCGUCGGAUCUGUCCUCAUCUCCGCUCUCAUGGUUGGUAUGGCCAUUAUAUGUGCCCACGGUUCUUUCAGGGUCCCGGAGGACCUCUUCCUAGACGAACAAGAACCUGCUGCCACCGGAUUCCUCUCCUUCCUCGGCGGCGCCACCUCCAACACCGUGGCUUCUGCCGCAUCCGCUGUUGCAGCUCGCGUCUAAUGACCAUUUUGGUAAAUUCGCGGUCGUCUCAAUCUAUUCCGAUGUUUUUUUAGUAGAUAUCUUGUAAUAAAGGAUUGAAAUGAUUCGAUCUCUCCAUACUUGUAGGGUGGAUAUAUAAUAGUCUUUUACAUUGAUGCAUGCACGUUUUGAUGCAUUUUGAUUCAUCGGUUACUUGAAUUUUUUGUGUUAUUCGUUGUUCUUAAUAUGUAAUACUGACAAAUCAAUACAGAAUUGUUCUUGUAAUAUGAUUUUUUUU